GGGAAAAUGGAAAGUCAACCCUCUUCCCAAUCAAUGCGGCCAUAAAAUCGAGCACACCAAAUUGCAAUUUUCAUCAUCUUCACCGGCCAACUCCCAUUAUUUCUUCCGCCAUGGCCGCCAGAUCCGCCGCCGUUUCACUCGCCCGUUGCCUACUGUCAAUUUUAAUCAUCAAUUCCGGGAAAUUAAUCAGCGCCGGGUGCGCACCGGCCGGCAAAAUGACGUGCAACGGCGUGACCAAGGCCACAUACAACUGCUCUCCCCCGACGACCUCCGCGACGCCCGCCGUUCUGACCCUCAACGACUUCAGCAAGGGCGGGGACGGGGGCGGCGCGUCGGAAUGCGACGGGAGGUGGCACAACAAUAGCUUCCGGAUGGUGGCGCUGUCGACGGGAUGGUACGACGGAGGGCGGCGGUGCGGGAGGAUCGUGCGGGUCACGAGGGGGGACGGGCGGAGGAGCACGACGGCGAAGGUGGUGGACGAGUGCGACUCGAUGAUGGGGUGCGAUGCGGAGCACGCGGGGCAGAUGCCGUGUGACAAUAACAUCGUGGACGGGUCGAAGGCGGUGUGGGAAGCUCUGGAGUUAGAUCAGGACUUGGGUACGGUCCCUGUUACUUGGACCAUGGCCUAAAUGUGCAUUUCCUUAUUUGCCCUAUCAAAUUUUAUCUACUAACCACUUGUUUUUAUUUGAUCUUGUUUUAACUUUUUACUCCUUUGAUAAAAAAAAAUACUCUCUCCCUUCGUCCUAAUUUGUUUAUUGCAUUUCGAAGAACAUGUAAAACAUCAAUUGUUUUAAAAUUAUUUUAUUUAUAAAUUGAUAGAGAAGUUAAAAAGUAUAAAUUGCAUCGUUUAAAAGUACGGAUCAAAAAUUCUACAAAACAAGAUGCAACAAUAAUAUUUUAUUUCAUCU